UUGGACGGCGCGCGCCGUCAAUCACUCCGCCCGCAUGUUGUGAUUCCCGUCAGCGGAGCAGCGGAGACGAUGUCCGCCGCAGACCAGCAGGGCGCGUUACCGGAGACCCAGAGGCCGGCCACGACCCAGCAGCGGCACCGGGCCGAUGGCAGCCGGACCCAUGAUCCCAGCGCCGGAUGGCCCCACCUGGACGACCCCACCACCAGAGAGCCUCGGCUGGACGACUGUGAGCGGAUGGGCACCCUGUUCGGGAUGCUCAACAAGUGCAUGCGGAGGAUGGGUUUCAGCCAGAUGUACUUUGGGGACAAGAUCGUGGAACCGGUAGUGAUUGUGUUCUUCUGGCUGCUGCUCUGGUUCCUGGGCAUCCAGGCGCUGGGACUGGUGGGAACUCUGUGCAUCAUCAUCAUCUACAUCCAGAAGUAAAGGGAGCGGACGGUGCGAGUGGAGCCUGCUGUUUUUCUUUGUUUGACGCUUAGCAUACGCAGGAUUUCAUGCCAACGGGUGUUUGGAUUGGAAUCUGCAGUGGGUCUGU